AUGAAGUACUCCGCUGUUCUCCUCUUCGCCAUUGGCGCCUUCGCCCUUCCCCAGGAUGCGUCUGUUACCAGCGCCCCAGCGGCUGCCGCCAUUCCUAGCGGUCUCUCUCCCGCUAUCAGCUGUGCCAUGGACUGCGACGCCGGCGAUGUGAACUGCCAGGCUGCGUGCUUGGGCAACGCUCGCCCCAACGCCUCCCAGGCUAUCGCAACCAACGAAUGUGCUGCCAAGUGCGACCAGGGCGAUGGCUCUACCUCCGACUCCAUUGCCUACGCCAAGUGCGUCGACAGUUGCAUCAACAGCCUUUUCCCCAGCAGCCAAACCGCUUUCGCCCCUGGCGCUGCUGGUGGCGCUGUUGCUUCCGGCUCUGCUUCUGGUUCUGCUGCUGCAGGUGCCUCUGCCUCUGCUACCGGCUCUGCCAACCCUACGGCUACCUCAGGAGACUCUGCCUCUGCCUCUGGAACCGAAUCUGGCUCCGGAGCUGGUGCCGCCUCCACUGGUGCCGCCGACAAGGCUUCAGCUCGUAUCGCUGGUGCCGGUCUCGCCGGUCUUUUGGCCAUCUUCGCCUUGUAA